AUGCGAGCCGCCCCGAGCCUCCGCGGCUGCGUCUGCCUGCUGCUCGCCCCGAUCCUGGACCUCGCGCGCGGCUAUUUGACUGUCAGCAUCGAGCCUCUCCCACCUGUGGUGGCUGGUGAUGCCGUGACCUUAAAGUGCAACUUCAAAACGGAUGGCCGCAUGCGUGAGAUUGUGUGGUACCGGGUGACAGAUGGUGGCACUAUCAAGCAGAAAAUCUUCACCUUUGAUGCCAUGUUCUCCACCAACUACUCUCACAUGGAGAACUACCGCAAGAGGGAGGACCUGGUAUACCAGUCCACUGUGAGGCUGCCAGAAGUCCGGAUUUCAGACAAUGGUCCCUACGAGUGCCACGUGGGUAUCUAUGACCGAGCCACAAGAGAAAAGGUGGUCCUGGCCUCAGGCAACAUAUUCCUCAACGUCAUGGCUCCUCCCACCUCCAUCGAAGUGGUGGCCGCUGACACCCCAGCUCCCUUCAGCCGCUAUCAAGCCCAGAACUUCACACUGAUCUGCAUUGUGUCUGGUGGGAAACCAGCACCCAUGGUUUACUUCAAACGCGAUGGGGAGACAAUUGAUGCAGUGCCCCUGUCAGAGCCUCUGGUUGCGAGCUCUGGUCCCCUCCAAGAUAGCAGACCGUUCAGAUCUGUUAUUGUUGCUCCCAAAGGACCCCAAAUUGUGAUGACACCCAGCAGAGCCCGGGUCGGGGACACAGUGAGGAUUCUGGUCCACGGGUUUCAGAACGAAGUCUUCCCAGAGCCCAUGUUCACGUGGACGCGGGUUGGGAGCCGCCUCCUGGACGGCAGCACCGAGUUCGACGGGAAGGAGCUGGUGCUGGAGCGGGUCCCCGCCGAGCUCAACGGCUCCAUGUACCGCUGCACCGCCCAGAACCCACUGGGCUCCACGGACACGCACACUCGGCUCAUCGUGUUUGAAAACCCAAAUAUCCCAAGAGGAAUGGAGGAUUCCAAUGGUUCCACAUCUGGCCCUGCUGGCGUCCGGCUCACCUUGGUGCUCGCCCUAACAGUGGUCCUGGAGCUGACGUGA